GUUGGCCUUGGCCCCGCCCACUCCGGGCAACCUAGUUCCGGGUUCUCGCCCCUUCUCGAGCGGCUCGUCACAGCAUGAAGAAGAAGUAAAAGUGGGAAGAAACAGGACUAGGACCGAGCGGCGACAUGUCGAUACUUCUCGACCACCGCUUUGGACAGCUUCCUCCCGACAACUCAGUUAACACUAAACUCUUCUUGGAGACCGUCUCCCACCUGCCGUCCUUCUUCGACUGCCUGGGGUCCAAAGUGUUCUCAGUGAUCAAGUCGGACAUCAAUGGCAAUAUUGCAAAAAUUAAAGAAGUCUACGUGAAGGAUCCGGAAAGGUACGUCACCCUGCAGCACAUCGUGGAGGCCGAGCAACAAGACUUGGCUGCCGAGUGGCCCAAAGUCGGAGCAACGCUGGCUCUCAUGUGGCUCAAGAGGGGUCUCCGUUUCAUACAAAUUCUGCUGCAGAGUUUGGCGGACGGCGAGCGAGACCACGACAACCCCAACCUCAUUCGGGUCAACAUCACCAAAGCCUACGAACACGCGCUGAAGAAAUACCACGGCUGGUUUGUACAGAAGAUCUUCAACGCGGCGCUUUACGCAGCGCCCUACAGAUCCAACUUCCUCAAGGCUCUGUCCAAAGGAGAGGACGUGAAGGAGGAGGACUGUUUAGAGAAGGUGCAGCAGUUCUUGAUCAACUACACCGCCACCGUGGACGCCAUUUACGACAUGUACACACGCCUUCAUGCAGAGCUGGACUACACGGUUUGAUGUCAGAGCAGGACUAGUUGGUGUCCUUUACAUGUGUGGUAUUUGUUAUUUAUUUCAUUGUCGCCUUACAACAAGGGUCCCCAAACGACGGCCCGUGCCAGCGUCCAGAAUCUGCCACGCGGUUUGACCAUUCGUCAAUCCAUUUUCAACCGCUUGUUACUCUUGGGGUCUCCUAGCCACUCAGGCAAAUCAUAUUGUCUAAAAAUGCAUUUUCCCAAUGAUAACAUGAUAUUAAGUGCAUGCUCUUUCAGUCUAUUAGUGUGCAAGGGGGAAAAAAUGGCGAAAUUGUGAGGAAACGUAUGUCUGGACAAGAAGGAUGCUCUGAACGCGGUGAGUCUGUUUACAUCUACAAUUAGUGUGUGUGUGUGUACUUAUACACAAAUACAUAUUUAUGUAGCCAAGGUUUCUGUAGUUUAUCCAUUAUACAGUGCUCAAAUCCCCUGAAGAGCAGGGAAACCUGUGAAACAGGAUUGUCGGGAUGAAAUAGCCUCUGUGUUUUUUUCCUGAAUAUAUAUAUUUAUAUAAAUAUAUAAGUAUUUAGUCAGCCACCGAUUGUGCAAGUUCUCCCACUUAAAAUGAUGACAGAGGUCUGUCAUUUUCAUCAUUGGUACACUUCAACUGUGAGAGACAGAAUGUGAAAAAAAAUCCAGGAAUUCACAUUGUAGGAAUUUUAAAGAUUUGAAAAAUGAUGGUGGAAAAUAAGUAUUUGGUCAACCAUUCAAAGCUCUCACUGAUGGAAGGAGGUUUUGGCUCAAAAUCUCACGAUACAUUGCCCCAUUCAUUCUUUCCUUAACACGGAUCAAUCGUCCGUGUUAAACAGCCCCAAAGCAUGAUUUUUCCACCCCCAUGCUUCACAGUAGGUAGGGUGUUCUUGGGAUGCAACUCAGUAUUCUUCUUCCUCCAAACACGACGAGUUGAGUUUAUACCAAAAUGGAUACAUGGAUGAUACAGCAGAGGAUUGGGAGAAUGUCAUGUGGUCAGAUGAAACCAAAAUAGAACUUUCUGGAAUGAAUGGGGCCAUGUAUCGUGAGAUUUUGAGCCAAAACCUCCUUCCAUCAGUGAGAGCUUUGAAUGGUUGACCAAAAUUCCUUAUUUUCCACCAUAAUUUACAAAUAAAUUCUUUAAAAUUCCUACAAUGUGAAUUCCUGGAUUUUUUUUUUCACAUUCUGUCUCUCACAGUUUAAGUGUACCUAUGAUGAAAAUUACAGACCUCUGUCAUAAUUUUAAGUGGGAGAACUUGCACAAUCGGUGGCUGACUAGAUACUUUUUUGCCCCAC